AUGUCUAUCGAUAUUUUAUCUAACAUGCAUAACCAAGAACUAUCUCAACAGUCAUCACCACCCAAAAUAAACAACACAAAAACCUUUGCCGAAACAACAGCCAACACAACGUUUCCUAAGAAAGAUCAAGCCAUUAUAUUAAAUACGAUAAACGAAAUACCACAAAUAGAAUAUGUUAAAGCAUUUAGCAAAAUAACACCGCCUAAAAACAUCAUAUUUGCGUCCCGUAUUUCGAACAACAGAUUUUGUAUAUAUUUUAGAGACAAAAUAACUGUUGACGAACUGACACAAAACUAUUCGUAUAUAACCGUUAAUGAAAAUCAAAUACCAUUUCGUCGUCUAGAAAACCCUGCCAAGAGAUUUAUAAUUUCUAACGCUCACCCGAUAAUACCUCAUGAAGUAAUUACCGAACACUUAUUAUUAGAAAACAUAAAGACAUUAUCUCCAAUAACCUUCCUCAAAGCUGGUUUUCAAGAUGAGCUCGCUCACAUCAGUAGUUUUAGGAGACAGGUAUAUAUUCACCCCGACGACACAGCAAAUGUACCCGGAUCGAUAAUAAUCAAAUAUGACAAUACAGACUUCAGAAUUUUUCUAACGGACGACACUCUUAUUUGCUACGCAUGUAAACAAAGCGGCCACACAUCUAAUCACUGCAAAAAAGAACCAAAUACUAUGACAAAUAAUAAAUAUACUACACAAAAACCAACAAUAGAUGAUGCCCACACCACGUCCUCAUAUCCCACACAUGAGGAAGACAUAACAGAAGUAAAUACUAUUGCCAUACCUAAAAACAGUCAAAACUCAAAUAUAUUAAGCCUAACAAUGACCAACACAACUUUACCCAAUAAACAAAUCAAAAGAUCUCUACCAACAUCAAGUUGCCCUACAUCUCCAACAAUUUCUGAAAAAUCAAACACACAGCCAAACAUUGAGAAACCUAAACAGACCAAAAACCUUGAAUAUAAGUUAUUAGAAUCAAAAAAAAAACAAGAAAACACCUCAAGAUCAAAUUAA